AUGCUGCUGCAUAUAUUUCCAAAUUUGAGACACAUCAAUGUACUUCAAGGAAAAGGGUUGAGAGAAUUUUUCAAAACGAGGAUUAACUCGGGAGUUGAUGGCAUAAACGGUGAAAACAAGUGCUCUAAUAUAGGUUGCCUGGGAAGAAAACUGAGGCCAAAGAUAUCAGAAAGAAGUCUUGCAUCAACUGUACCGGAGGAGAUAUAUGCAAUGUUAGAUCAACCCCUUGACAAAUACAAAAUGGAGGGAAAAUCGGAUAUUCCUCAGACUUUAGAAGAGUUCAUGACUGAAAUGAACAAAGGUGGAUAUGAUGCCAAGACAUUUGCGAUUAAAUUGAGAGAAAUGGUAAACUUUAUGCAACAAAGGACUAGGACCUCUAAAAUCCAAGAAUAUUUAUAUCAUCAAGUGGUAUCGAACAGCAUACCGAAGCACCUUCACUGUCUUGAAAUGAGGCUGGCGAAUGAGCACACGAACAAUGCAGCGGCUCGCCUUCGGCUACCAUCUUCAGAACUUUUUCCUGCUCUGGUUGACAAUUCUUACUUCCACUUUGUUCUUGCCUCAGACAAUGUGAUUGCUGCCUCUGUGGUUACAAAAUCACUUGUUCGCAACAGUUUGCACCCUUGGAAAGUUGUUCUACACAUAAUUACAGAUAGAAAGACUUAUCAUUCCAUGCAAGCUUGGUUUUCACUGCACUCUUUAUCACCUGCUGUAAUUGAGGUCAAGGCAUUGCACCAUUUUGAUUGGUUUACAAAGAGGAAAGCGUCUGUUAUAGAGGCAAAGGAAAAAAAUCCAAAUAAGCGAUCAAAGUUUAGAAGAGGAUCAUCAGCUAUAGUUGCAAAUAUGAAUGAGAAGCCCAAUGUUAUUAAGGCACAACUGCGAACACGUGGUCCCAAGUAUAGUUCAGUGAUGAACCACAUUCGGAUACAUCUUCCAGAGCUGUUCCCGAGUCUUGACAAGAUGGUGUUCCUGGAUGACGAUAUUGUGGUACAAACUGAUCUUUCACCUCUAUGGGACAUUGACAUGAAUGGAAAAGUCAAUGGAGCAGUAGAAACAUGUAAAGGGGGCGAUAAAUUCAUGAUGUCAAAGAGGUUAAAAAGCUAUUUGAACUUCUCCAACCCUCUAAUAUCCAAAAAAAUUUAUCCAAAUGAAUGUCCUUGGGCUUAUGGCAUGAACAUUUUUGACUUGAAGGCUUGGAGGAAGACCAAUAUAAGCAAUACAUACCACUAUUGGGUUGAGCAGAAUAUAAGAUCAAACAUGAGUUUGUGGCAGUUAGGUACAUUACCAUUAAUAGCAUUCCAUGGUAAUGUGCAUAAGAUUGAUCCUUUCUGGCACAUGAUGGGAUUGGGAUAUAAGAAAAAUACAAGUGUUGAUGAUGCUAUGAAUGCUGGGGUUGUUCAUUUCAAUGGAAGGGCAAAACCAUGGCUAGAUAUAGGUUUUCCACAACUAAGGCCAUUGUGGAGUAAGUAUGUAAACUUUUCAGAUAAAUUCGUCAAAAGCUGUCACAUGAGGGCAUGGUAA